AUGCAUUUUCUUAAAGAGUUUAUCAACGGUGCCGAAGUUCUGAGAGGUCUAAUAUUUUUAGAUGACGAUGGAGGUGAACCCAUCGAGUAUUAUGAAGUCGAGAAGUUGGACACGGACACAGGACGCUGGGUACCUUGCGCAAAGAUGAACCUGGAAAACCGCAAAACCCCAGAAGUGACUGAUUGGGAUGCCGACAGGGUUUCUCUGGAGUGGCAACCACCAGAUUCUGAUGGAGGAGCUCCUAUCACUCAGUAUAUCAUUGAGAAAAGAGGAAAGCACGGACGCGCGACUGGCAGGAAUGCGGAAAGGAAGGAAACUAUUCAGGUAUCCGGAGAUGAAACUACUGCCACGAUUUUGGGAUUAAAAGAAGGAGAAGAGUACCAAUUCCGAGUGAAAGCUGUUAACAAAGCUGGUCCUGGAGAGGCGUCCGAUCCAAGCCGAAAAGUUAUAGCCAAGCCCAGAAAUCGUGGGUUUUAG